AUGCGAAUGCAACUUUUUCUACUUGAGGAUAAAUAUCCUGAUAUUUUGUUUUUACCUUAUGAUUUAUCUCUUACUAUCCAAUCAUUUAAACAACAUAAUAAGAUUGACAAUGAAGCAUCUGCUCUUUUAGAAACUCUUCUUAAAAACAAAGCUCAAGAUCCUAAUUGGGUAGUUUGUUGGCGUUUAGAACCUAUUUCUAACUCUUUAGAAUUGCUCUUAUGGAUGGAACCUACUCAGAAUUAUUAA